AUGCCAGAAAAUCUAGAAACUACGAGACAAGAGAUAGUUGACAUUAACUCUGUAGUCUCUGGGUAUCAUUCAGAAGCUUCAGACAUCUUUGAUAAAGACCUACAAGCAUUGAGAGAGCUUGCAAGAAAGAGCAUGGAACGUAUUAAAGAUAUCUCAUCAAAAUCCAGUUCACAAGAUGAAGAACUUCAUGAAGGCCCUAAAACACAGUCAAAUAUUGCAAUCCUAGAGUCUAUGGCAACCCUUCUUGGUCUUGAAUCAUUUGCUCCAGUCAUUGCAGACUAUUAUGUAACAGUUUUUAUAGACAAUCGCAUAGCCAGAAAGACAAUGGAGUCAGGAGGAAAAAGGCCCUGGCAGAAGGAGAUAAUGAGGGAGGUACCCUCACAACUAAACCCAGCAGAUGAGUUAACAAGGUUAUUCGACGAAACAGAUUGGACACUCUCCCAAGAGCUUUUCGAGUUUAUAGAUCAAAACCAAUUUUAUUACCCAGGGACAGAAGCAGUAGAUUGUUUUACUCAAAAUUGGGAAAAUGAAAACAACUACAUUUGCUCUCUCCUGGGCCUCCUUCACAAAGUGUUCAAACAAAGUAUGCAAUGCAAGGCCACAAUAACAUUAAUAACUCCAGUUUGGCCUUCAGCACCAUGGUGGCCUAUCCUUCUUCAACAAAGAAUCAAGGUAAUAGACCUUCCUCACGCAACCAAAAGUUUUUUGCCAAGUCAAUGUGGGAAUCUACCUUCAGAACCUUGGAAAAAUCCAAAUUGGAAGUUCCAAGCGAUAAAAAUUUAUUUUUAA